GAGAGAGAGAGAGAGAGAGAGAGGGAAAAAGAGAAAGAAAGGAUAUAAUCAGGGGAAACAAUCGACGGCACGUAAUCCGACGUCUCCGUGACACGUCUGUGAAGACCUCCGAUGUCUAGUGCUGAGGCGGCGGAGUGCUCCGUUGAUCCCCCAGCCAAGAAGCGACGCCUUGCUGCUGCCAGCACGGGAGGAGCCGACGACGAGCCGACAACAACGAACGCGGUGGAGAUGGACAUAGAUAUGGCGAAGAAUGGCUCCACGAGUUCCAGCAGCGGCGGCACCUCGAGCGGCGCCGGCCGGGUUCGACGUAGGUCCUCCGAAAUCGACGAGGGUCUGUACUCGCGGCAGCUCUACGUCCUUGGCCACGAUGCUAUGCGCCGCAUGGCCUCCUCACAGGUGCUCAUCUACGGCCUCGGCGGCCUCGGCGUCGAGAUCGCGAAGAACGUCAUCCUCAGCGGCGUCAAGUCCGUCACGCUGCACGAUCACGCUGUGUGCCAACACUCCGAUCUCAGCUCGCAGUUCUAUCUCACCGAGGCGGACCUAGGUCUGAACCGCGCGUCUGCGUGCUGCGAUCGCCUGGCCGAGCUGAACAAUUAUGUACCCACUAAUUGGUACACCGGGCCAAUGUGCGAGGAGUACAUCCAGCAGUUUAACGUCGUGGUGCUGACGGAAACGACGCUGGACGAGCAGCUGCGCAUCGCGGAGAUCACCCAUGCCAAUAAUAUAGCUCUCAUAAUCGCCGACACCCACGGCCUCUUCUCGCAGGUGUUCUGCGACUUCGGCGACACCUUCACAGUGGUGGACACGAACGGCGAGCCGCCGGUGAGCGCGAUGAUCGCCAGCGUCUCCCGCGACAGCGAGGGCGUUGUCACGUGUCUGGACGACACCCGCCACAGCAUGGAGGACGGCGACUACGUGACCUUCUCCGAGGUGCAAGGCAUGACUGAGCUGAACGGAUGCGAGCCGCUCAAGAUCAAGGUCUUGGGACCGUACACCUUCAGCAUCGGCGACACUUCUAGGUUUUCCGAGUACGUACGCGGCGGCAUAGUGACUCAAGUGAAGAUGCCUAAGAACUUGCACUUCGAGCCGCUGAAGACGGCCCUGAAGAAACCCGAGUUCCUCAUCACGGACUUCGGCAAGUUCGACUAUCCGGAGCAGCUGCAUCUGGCCUUUCUGGCGCUGCAUCAGUACAAGACUAAUGAGGGCAGGCUGCCGCGACCGUGGAACCAGGCGGACGCCGACGAGUUUCUCACCGUCGCCGAGAAGGUCAAGGAUAGCUACGGUUUCGACACUGAAAUCAAUAGUGAAUUACUGGCCACGUUCGCCAAGGUGUCCGCCGGCAAUCUGAAUCCCAUGAACGCCACGAUCGGCGGCAUCGUUGCUCAGGAGGUGAUGAAAGCCUGUUCCGGCAAGUUCCAUCCCAUCUAUCAAUGGCUCUAUUUCGACGCCAUCGAAUGUCUGCCGGCCGAUCGUUCGGAACUGACCGAGGAAGACUGCUGUCCCACAGAAUCGCGUUACGACUCUCAGGUGGCUGUCUUCGGUCGGAAAUUCCAGUCCAAGAUCGGCAACUUGAAAUACUUCGUGGUCGGUGCUGGUGCAAUCGGUUGUGAAUUACUAAAGAACUUUGCGAUGAUCGGCGUGGGCGCGGAGAACGGUUGCGUCACGGUGACGGACAUGGACUUGAUCGAGAAGUCCAAUUUGAACCGACAGUUUCUGUUCAGACCGUCGGACGUGCAGCAGUCGAAAUCGUCGACGGCAGCCAGGGCCAUUAAGGGCAUGAACCGUGCCAUGAAGGUGGUCGCGCACGAGAACCGGGUGUGCCCGGAAACGGAGAAGAUCUACAACGACGAUUUCUUCGAGGUCCUCGACGGCGUGGCGAACGCGCUCGACAACGUGAACGCGCGCAUCUACAUGGAUCGCCGUUGCGUGUACUAUCGCAAGCCGUUGCUGGAAUCCGGCACCCUCGGCACCAAAGGCAACACCCAAGUGGUGGUGCCGUUCCUGACCGAGUCGUACAGCUCGUCGCAGGACCCGCCGGAGAAGAGCAUUCCGAUCUGCACGCUCAAGAACUUCCCAAACGCCAUCGAGCACACCCUGCAGUGGGCACGCGACAGCUUCGAAGGCCUGUUCCGUCAGUCGGCGGAGAACGCGGCGCAGUACAUCUCCGACGCGCAGUUCAUCGAUCGAACGCUCAAGCUGCCCGGUGUGCAGCCCCUCGAAGUGCUGGAGUCCGUGAAAACGGCGCUGGUCGACGAAAAGCCGAACACCUUCGCGGAUUGCGUGGCGUGGGCUCGCUGCCACUGGCAGGAGCAGUACAGCAAUCAGAUCCGUCAGCUGCUGUUCAACUUUCCGCCGGACCAGGUGACUUCGAGCGGCCAGCCGUUCUGGUCCGGUCCGAAGCGCUGCCCGGAUCCGCUGGCCUUCGACGUCAACGAUCCCCUGCACAUAGAUUAUAUCAUCGCCGCUGCCAAUCUCAAAGCCAAGGUCUACGGAAUACCCACGAAUCGCGAUAGAGAAGAGAUCGCUAGGAUUCUCGCCGCCGUCAAGGUCCCCGAAUUCACGCCCAAGUCCGGCGUUAAGAUAGCCGAGACCGAUUCACAGGUGCAGGUGUCGAACGGCAGCGGUAACAUCGAUCACGAGCGACUGUCGCAGCUGCAGGAGGAGCUGCCGAAGAUGGAAGAUCUGAACAGCUUGGCGAUCUACCCGCAGGAGUUCGAGAAGGACGACGACGCCAAUUUCCACAUAGACUUCAUCGUCGCGGCGUCAAAUCUGCGCGCUACCAAUUACAAGAUCUCGCCGGCCGAUCGGCACAAGAGCAAGCUGAUCGCCGGUAAGAUCAUUCCGGCGAUCGCCACCACCACCUCGGUGGUGGCCGGUCUCGUCUGCCUGGAGCUGUACAAGCUGACGCAAGGCGUGCGCGACUUGACGCUGUACAAGAACGGCUUUGUGAACCUAGCGCUGCCGUUCUUCGGCUUCAGCGAGCCGAUCGCCGCCCCCAAGCUCAAGUACUACGACAUCGAGUGGACGCUGUGGGACCGCUUCGAGGUGAAAGGCGAGCUGACGCUGAAGGAGUUCCUCGACUACUUCAAGGAACGUCACAACCUCGAGGUGACCAUGCUGUCGCAGGGAAUCUGCAUGCUGUACUCGUUCUUCAUGGCGAAGCCCAAGUGUCAGGAGCGCAUGGGCCUGCUGAUGUCGGAGGUGGUGAAGAAAGUGUCGAAGAAGAAGCUGGAGCCGCAUGUGCGCGCCCUCGUGUUUGAGUUGUGUUGCAACGACGACGAUGGGAACGAUGUCGAGGUGCCGUAUGUGCGCUACACUCUGCCCUGACUCACCCGCGCGAUUCCCGAUCGCGCCAGAUGAUGUCUACUUAACUGAGACAGCCGUAUAUAGUGAUUUCUACAAAUUUCUAUUUUACGACGAUGUAACACACGAGGAGGUGACGUUGUUUGCUGCCGAUCCUCAUCUAUGGACAUCUAGUGUGAGGCACUCUCUUUCUUUCUGUAUAUUUUACUUUUUUUUUCUCACGCGUUUCUACCGCCAGCGCUUAGUAGUAGUGAUUUUUCAAGCAGUGUGCGCGCCUAAUAGCCAAGAUCGGUUUCUCCGGUUUUUUUUUUUUUUUUUUUUUUCCGUUUAACAAAAUGAGAUUCGCGUGAGCAAGCCUCGUCUUCGGACUUUUUUUGAUCAGUAAACAAACACGAUGAUAUCCGGAAACCGAGAAAUCGUAUAAAUAUGUUCAAAUUGAUUUUUCACUCAAACUAACAUUGAACGAGCCCAUUUUUAUAUUUGUGGACGAUUUCGAAUAAACUUUGCAACUUAAAAAAUAUGUUUCUUAAAUUAAAAUUACUCUACAAAUUUAUGCCGUGAAUUCGAAUUAAAUUAUUAUUGAAAUUAAUGCAGGACUCUUAAGAAAAAGUGUAUUUCUCACUGUUUCGACAUAUGCAAAAAUCAGUUGCGUUGAGUCUCUUGUUUUUCAUAAUCCAAUAUGUACAAUCGCAUCGACUAAUCUAUGGAAUUUCAGUUUAACUUGUUAAUUAAAUUGAAUUUCUGUCUUCUCUCUGUUGCUGUCUCAUUUUGCUUACGACGUGCUCUAGUGUCGCAAUUGAAUAAAGAAAAAGAAAAAAAAAGGAGAAAAAAGCGAAAUCGCAUACAAUGCCAAAAUUUCUACGAGGAAGAAGAAUAUAAACGUUAAACAGUUCGAUCCGCAUAGGUAAUUUUUCAAGAGACGACGAGUCUACUAGCUCACUCCACACACACACACACACAUACCGCUCUAUUGUAUAGAAUGGGAUGUAAAUUAAACUAGAGAUAAAAAAAUGAAGAUUCGAGGAUCUUUAAAUAUUAUUGUUAGCCCACUUUAAACGUAGUUUCCUAGUGAGAUGUGAGUAAUCAAUAUCGAAUUUUUAGCAGACGCAAUAUGUCUUGCCACUCUUUUUUCUCCUAUCUCCCUUUCUUUUUUGCCCUUUGUUUCCCGUGGACGAUUAUUUUAAUAGCGAGGGAACAAUUAACUACUAUAUCCUUGGAUGCAUUCUCCCUUUUCAUCCUUUUUUUUUAAGGUUUUUGAUAAGCGACUCGCUAUACACACCAAGAAUUUAUGUAAUGGAUAUAAUUCCAUCAUUCUGGUCUGAUUUAUUCGCUUUGCAACGUCUUUCUUGAAAAAUAAUAGUAAUAGUAAUAUUAAUAAUAUUAAUAAUAUUAAUAAUAAUAAAUAAUAAUAAUAAUAAUAAUAAUGAAUAAACUAUUGGCUAAGGCUGGUUGUUGUUACGACGGAUACAUUGCAUUUAAAUUUAUAAAAAGAUGUCUUUGAAGGAAAGAGAAGCUUCUAAAAAAAGAAAAUAAUAAAAAUAAAUCGCAUAUACUUUAGACCAAGGAAGAUAACAAAAAAAAAAGAAGGAAAGAUAUUUUGUUAAUUUUAAGGUAUAAUGCGGAUAUUUAUUAUAUAUCAUUUCGUCGAUAGAUAACAAAUAGAUGUGUUUGGAUUUAAAGAAGUAUGAAAUAUAAUAACUGAAAAAUAAAGUGGGAAGUAUC